AUGAGGCUUCCGCCUCUCCUCACUUUCCUGGGUCUACUAGGGCUCCAAGUUGUGCACGCCAGGGAAUGUACGACGUCGACAUGCUGCGACGAGCACCGCUUUUGCCGAUUUUGGGCUUCAAAGGCGGAGUGCACAAAGAACCCUGACUGGAUGCUGAAGAACUGCCAGAUGUCGUGCAACACUUGCCAAAACGCCAGCCCGGCCGCCCGGAACCCCUUCCUCGCCCAACCAGCCCCGCAGUCCAGCACCAUCCGCCGUCAACCUCCUCAGAAGGCACAGAGCCCCCAGCAGGGAUGUCCGGCAGUUGCCACCAGAAUCGUCGACAAUCGUCGCGUGCUGACCCCCGACGACAUGUUGGUCAUGUGGCGGACCCGCCCGUGCUCCGAUCUGCAACAACCGGCCGAUUGUCAGACGAACAUCUGCUUCCACCAGAACUUCCGGUCAUUUGACGGCAGCUGUAAUAACUUGCAGAGGCCUACUGCGGGAGGUGCGUACACGACGUUCAGCCGACUUCUCCCUGCCGACUAUGACGACGGUGUCCAGUCUCCAAGCACCAAGCUUGGCUCCCGCCCGUCAGCUCGCCGAGCCGUUCGUUGGCUGAUUUCUCACAGCUCCGUGAUUCCGUUGCCGGCAAACUCAUUGCUGAUGGCCUUCGGCCAGUACAUCUCACAUGACAUCACAAAAAACUCGCUCUCCGGUCAAUGCGCAUGUGGGGACAACUCGCAGCUGUGCUUCAACAUCCCGAUCGAGAGCAACGACGAGAGAUCUAAAAAAGUCUCGUGUAUCAAUAUGAAGCGUGCCAUUCCUGCGUGCGCAUCACAACUCGGAGCCAUCCGGCAGCAGGUCAACGAAAAUACGGCUUUUAUCGACGCCAGCACGGUUUACCACUCGAACGUGCGCAACGCAGAAGGUGCGAGAACCGGAGCGUUCCUGCGCACGAUCGUCCAGCAAGGUAUGGCCUUCCCGCCAGUCAAAAACCCGGCCCCGAUGGAAUUCGAUGUCGGCGAUAAUCGCAACUCGAUCUUCACCGGUCUCGCAAUGUUCCACACCACGUUCAUCAGGGCGCACAACAAAAUUGCCGAACAGCUACAGGCUAUCAAUGGCCAUUGGAAUCCGGAUCGGGUUUUUCAUGAGACGAGGAAGAUCGUGGGAGGAGUGACGCAGGCGAUCGUCUACCAGGAAUUCCUGCCAACCCUCCUGGGACCGUUCUUCGACCGCCUGAUCCCCAAAUACAAGGGAUACGACCAAACCGUUGACCCGUCCAUCCUCAACGAGUUCUCCGCGGCGGCUUUCCGACUACACGGAAUGAUCCAGGAGUUCUACCCCUUGAAAGACGUGAAUCAGCGGACUAUCGGAAAUGUACAGAUGAAGGACACGUUCCAGCAGAUCCAACGGCUUAUCAAUGGGAACUUUAUGGAUGACAUGUACCGCGGAAUGAUGGGCACCCCGGCGCGCUCCCCGCAGCGCAUUACCACCUUCAUGACCGAGACGUUCAUCCAGAGCGACAUGGGCUCGGUGAACAUCCAGAGGGGCCGUGAUCACGGACUGCGCAGCUACAACGACUACCGAAAACUCUGCAACCUGGCCCCGCUGAAGAGCUUUGAAGAGUGGCCUGAGGUGCAGGAUCAAAUUGUACGAAACCGCGCAAAGAACAUCUACAACGGCAACGUUGACAUCGUCGACUUGUACGUUGGAGGUAUCGUGGAGGAGCCAGUUGGGAACAGCGUCCUCGGGCCCACCUUCUCGUGCAUCAUCGCCGAGCAGUUCACGCGUCUCCGUGAUGGCGAUCGCUUCUACUACGAGAACCCGACAACGUUCAGCACGGAUCAGCGCGAUGCCAUCAGAAAGACCUCGCUGGCGUGGUUGCUUUGCGAGACGUCAGCAUCGAACUUUGGUCAGGUCACCUCAAGCGCGUUCUCCUUCGACGACUCCGGCACGAACACCAUCCCCUGCUCUUCGAUUCCCAAGCUGGACCUGGGCGCCUGGAAGGAG